AUGGCAACUCCGGUUUCAACAGCAAUACAAGUGACAUAUUGCGGAAGUAAGGAUUCAUACCUUUUAUCAUUUUGGAGGCCUUCGAUGAAUCUUAAUAUUUCUCGACUUAACACUAUUGCUGAAAUGAGCGAGCAGUUAGCUAAAACAUCAUUGGAAGAUCAAAAACCGAGUAAUGAUGUAGAAGAUAAAAAGAAAGCAAAAGAGGCAGCAAAAAUAGAACGAGAAUUGCAGAAAAAGAUGGCAUCUAAAGUUAUUAUUACGCGUAUUGCACGAAACAAACGAAAAUGUGUUACGAAUGUUUAUGGUUUAGAAAAUUUUGAUAUUGAUUUGAAAAAAGCUGCUAAAUCAUUUGCAACAAAGUUUGCUUGUGGUUCAUCAGUUGUUAAAAAUAAUCAAGGAAAUGAUGAAAUCGUAGUGCAGGGAGAUGUUUCAGAGGAUUUAUUUGAAUUUAUAUUAGAAACUUGGUCAGAUGUUCCGGAAGAUAAUAUUGAGCUCACUGAAGAAAAAAAGCCAAAGAAAGGAUAG